AUGAUCACCGAUCGGUUUGUCGUUGAACAGAUAACUGCAGUGGAUGCCCAAUUAGAAAUUGCCUUACAAAGAUACCAAUUACGGAGCACAGCUAAUAUACCAUCAACGGGGAAGGAUCUGGACACUCUACAGUCUGUUCAAGAUGGACUGCAGAAGAUUAAAGGCAACGCAGACGCUCUUGUUGCUAAGUUGAGUCGUGUGUCCAAGCCACGUAUUGUGGUUAUCGAUUAUACUACGAUACUACUCACACUGGAGAAACUACCACUCACCACGGGAGGGCCAGAAUUGGGAGAACUAACCCAACUGUUGUUGAAUGCAAUCUUCCAAUACGUCACCAUCCUUUGCUACUACUCAUUAACCACGAGGUGCCUACUUGAAAUACCGAAAACCGAUGAUGUGGUCCAAUAUUACAAUUCGAUCAACAAUUCGUUUUGGAAACAAGUGUUGUAUUUGAUUCAAACAAGCAUCCCUCGCACGAUCUCGUUCGGAGUAACUAUACGCAGGAAACUAUCCAAAUCACUCUCCAACGAAAGUUUGAGCAGACUUCCUGGUAGGCUGUUUGAAGAAAUUCAACCAAAGGUAAACAGACUAUUCUUUGUCCGCAAAUUUCAGGUCAUAGGGUUACCGAAAAUUGGUACCAUUGGCACACUCCAAUUCUGGAAAUUGCUUUUGCUGAAUUUACCUCAGAUCUUGAUCAAUGAAGAAGUCCAGACCAAAUAUCAAGAUUUUGACGCAAUAAAUGAGCAAACAACAAGUUUGUUGGGUCAAUUAACAUCUGACUUCAAAGAAAGCCCAUUACCAUCUCUAAGGAAUUUUUUACAGUUGGAGAAAACUGCUUCACUAUAUGAUGUAGUGUAUAGGACAGACCAAUGGGCAACAAAGCGCUCAAAAGUUAACGCUUUGUACCAAAUUUGCAAACCUAACAGAAUAAUCAGAUACUGGCCACUUGCUCUAACGUUUCUCGUUGCAGGACCAAAAAUUGUACGGAGUGUCUGGGACUCCAAAUUUAAGAUACUACAGUUCUUCCAGGAAAAUGUAGUGGAUUUCAUGGAUGGAUUGAUCAAGAACUGGGUUUGGAUUCCAUUGAAAAAAGUGUGGGCCACUGUGAGACAUGAUGAAGAGAGUGAGAUUGCAAUGAUGUCCAAAGGCACUCUGAAGACAGAAAUGGACUCUUUAAGUAGAAUGGUAAUCAGUUUCAUCGUCGAAAACAGCGAUGAUCCAACAUCCAUUGAUGUAGUGAGGUUAAACAUGGAUGUGGAGCAUGGUCAUCUAGAUGAAUUUAUGGAAAUAUACGAGAAGCAGUUACACCAUCCCAUUAAAAAUAUAUUGACGGGGAAACUCGUCAGAUCCUUGCUAAUCCAGAUCCAAAAGACGAAAGUGGACGGCUCCCUUGCCCUAGAUGGGAUUGACAGGAUGCUACAGAGUCAACAGUUGGUGUUUGGGGUGAUGGCACUUUCACCAGCACUACUGCUGUUAUACCUAAUAUCCACCAGUGCAUUCAGGCUUGUUAAAUUGGGGACCAUUUGGUCAAAUGUUGCAGCAAAAAAAUUCAAAUUGAGUAAAAGUUUGAGCAGAGUAGAACGACUGCUCAAUUAUGAUGAGACACAUGGCAAGAAAGACAAGACGGUACAUCUGGAGAACGGCUUACUUAUGAUCGAAGUCUUGAAUUUAUCCACAUUAGGGACGGUUAUAUUACCCAAAAAGAGGGUCCAGGAGUGGCUCGAAGAUGUCGGUGAAUUACUUUAUAGUGAUUUUUCCAAUAAGUCCAAAUUGAAUGUAGUCAACCGGCUAUAUCACGUCUAUGGGAGAUACUUCUGA